CGACCACGGAGCCCAGAGCCAACAUCUUUGUUCCCUUUCCUUGCCAUUCGUAUUUGGACACGAUGCCGAAGGUGUAUUUGCUAGACUACGUUGCUGGAAACGUGCGGAGUCUGGUCAACGCAAUUGAGAAAGUUGGAUAUACUGUCGAAUGGAUCAGAACUCCAGAAGAUGUUGCGAAAGCAGAUAAACUCAUCCUUCCCGGCGUUGGGCACUUCGGCCACUGCAUGACUCAAAUUUCUUCCGCGAACUACCUUCCUGCGAUACGGAAACAUAUUGAAUCAGGCAAACCGUUUAUGGGAAUCUGCGUUGGGCUCCAGGCACUCUUUGAAGGGUCUGCAGAAGACCCAACAGUUCCCGGACUUGGUAUCAUCAAGGGCCGCCUCGAGCGAUUUGAUGACAGCUCAAAAUCUGUCCCGCAUAUUGGUUGGAACAGUGCAAACACAUCAGACAAGCAGGUGUAUGGCUUACGACCAAGCUCUAAAUACUACUAUGUCCAUUCAUACAAAGUGCCAUAUCGGCCAGGUGAACUUGAGAGUCAAGGGUGGACAGUUGCGACCGCGAGAUAUGGCGAGGAGGAGUUUAUCGGUGCCGUAGCGAAGGGGAAUAUUUUGGUUACACAAUUUCACCCGGAAAAGAGUGGUGUUGCAGGCUUGCGCGUUAUAAAAGCAUUCUUGGAAGGAGACUCCAAGAUAGACACUAUUGUCAAUGGGGAGGUAAAAGCAGCAAAGGAAGGAUUGACGAAGAGGGUGAUUGCGUGCCUGGACGUACGGACGAAUGACCAAGGCGAUCUCGUAGUUACGAAAGGCGAUCAAUAUGAUGUGCGAGAGAAGACAUCCGGUGGAAACGUUCGAAACCUUGGCAAGCCCGUUGAAAUGGCGCGAAAAUACUAUGAGCAAGGAGCGGACGAGGUCACAUUCCUUAAUAUAACAAGUUUCCGAGAUUGCCCAUUGGCCGAUUUGCCAAUGCUGGAGAUUUUACGGCGCACGUCAGAAUCCGUUUUUGUUCCUCUUACGAUCGGAGGCGGAAUCAGAGAUACCACCGACACUGAUGGAACAAAAGUCUCGGCACUGGAGAUUGCUACUAUGUAUUUCAAGAGCGGAGCCGAUAAAGUGUCGAUAGGUUCAGAUGCUGUUCUUGCAGCAGAAGAAUAUUACCAAGGGGGCAAGAAGCUGUUCGGGAAUACAGCCAUUGAGCAAAUAUCAAGUGUAUAUGGGAAUCAAGCGGUUGUUGUCAGCGUCGACCCGAAGAGGGUGUAUAUUUCAAAGCCAGCCGAAACGAGACACAACACAAUCUCUACAAAAUUUCCCGGUCCCAACGGGGAGACUGCGUGUUGGUACGCCUGCACAAUCAAAGGUGGCCGAGAAACCAGAGAUAUGGAUGUAGUGGAAUUAGUGAAGGCAGUGGAAGCCAUGGGCGCGGGCGAGAUUCUCCUGAAUUGUAUAGACAAGGAUGGCACGAAUAGUGGCUUUGAUUUUGAGCUUAUUGAUCAGGUAAAGAGUGCGGUCAGCAUACCAGUCAUCGCUUCCAGUGGCGCAGGCAAUCCUGGACAUUUUGAAGAAGUCUUCUCGAAAACGAAAACGGAUGCAGCACUCGGUGCGGGUAUGUUUCACAGGGGUGAAUAUACAGUUAAGCAAGUCAAGGACCAUUUGGCAGCGAAGGGAUUGAUGGUUAGAGAGUUUGAAAGCGAAAUUUAGAUGCAUUGGAUAUUGCAAGCUAUCUAGGUACAUACAGGAAGGGUUCGGCAUGUAGAGUAAUCGGGUGUGCUAGCUCCUAAGGGGAAAUGAAGAAAGGGGCUCCGAGAGCUCUUCACA